AUGUGUCACUUAAAAAAACUAUCAGGUACCAGGUGGUCAGCAAGAUCUGAUGCAAGUAUUAGUUUAAACAACAAUUGGAAUGAAAUAAUUAAUGCACUGUCUUUUAUAAAAAAUGAUAAAUCAGAAAAAUCAAUCACAAGAUCAGAAGCUAAUGGACUAUAUUUAAAAUUAGACUGUCUUGAAACAGCUAUUAUGGCCACAUUAUGGGGUGAUAUACUAGAAAGAUUCAACAAAACUAGUAAACAAUUGCAGUCAGUUGAGAUUGAUUUAGAAACAGUGGUAUGUUUAUACGAAUCGUUAAUUCGAUAUGUAUUAGAUUUAAGGAGUAUGUUUGAUAUCUAUGAAGAGAGAGCAAUUAAUAAAUCGGGACACAAAACAUAUCAAGAAAUACUCAAAAGAAAAAGAAAAUUAACUGCAGAUGAAAAAAGAGUAGGAGAAAUAAAUUUUGAAAUUCGAGACUCUUUAAGGAUUAAUACUUAUUACGCUAUUAUUGACAAUCUACAUUCUGAAUUAGAAAGAAGAAAAUUCUACUAUGAUGAAUGUAUACAAUUUAGAAGCUAUUUAAUGAGCUUAAGUGAAAACAUAAGACCUAAAACUGUAAUGGAUAUUUGUAAAAUGAUCGGAACUGAAAAACUUCAAGAACUGUUACCUUACGUAGAUAUAGCAUUAAGGAUGUAUUUAUGCUGUCCAACAUCCAAUUGUUCAGCCGAGAGAUCAUUUUCAGCAUUAAAGAGGGUUAAAUCUUAUUUGAGGUCGAGAAUGACUGAUAGCUAUUCACGAGAAUCAAUUAAAACUAAAAAAAAACAAACGGUAGCGAUACAACAGCAAAUUACAGAUUCUUUUGAAACAUCAAACAGCCAAAACCAAUUUCAUAUUGAUUUGUGCCAGGCUUUAGGAGAAGCAAAUAUACCAAAUAAAUAA